AGAUAGGCCUUCCUGAUGUCAGUUAUGCAUUUCUUAUAUAGCAGCCUAGAUAAGAGAGAAAUAUAUGAAGAAAAUGUGAAGAGAAGAGGAGGAGGGAUAACGGAGGAAAAAAAAAAUUGUGUAAGCUCUCUAACAAACUUGCCCUUCUUCCAGGCUGCUGUCCGCACCUUCACCUCCAGCUCAGCUCGCCGAGCUGCCACAGAUGUUCACCCUGGCUAUGGCCAGAUCCGUGGUACCAUGAACAAAUUCCAGGUUGACAAUGGUAUGCCCAUCCACCUGAAGGGAGGUGUUUUCGACAACCUUCUGUUUGUAAGCACCUGUGUACUCAAUGCCGUGGGUCUUAGCAUGACUCUGGGAUUCAUAUAUGAUAUGAGCUUCCCCAAGAAGGCCUAGUAAAGACGCUAUAGAAGAAUAUUUAUAUCAUCUUUCAACAAGGCGGGUGCUUGAUAAUCUCGUGUAUAUAUGUGUCUGCCAUUGAAUUUAUCAUAAAAAUGUACAUGUCAGAUCAAUAAAUUUUAGAAAGGAAA